CAGGCAACAAGAGAUGGGGCAAGUAACGAAGGCAGAAGGGAAGCUGCUGGAAGAGCGCUUGGCCCUGAUUACAGGCUCUUGCAGGAACCAGCAUGGUGCCAUCCUUCAAAUGAUGGAUCGUAUUGCUUGGAGGGGUGGAAACCCACCCAGAAACACUGAAAGGUGAGGGCAAGGAAGCUGCAGGGUGUGCACACUCCAGUCCGCGUUCCAUGCCGGUACCAUCAUGGGGCGUAGGUGUUUGCCGAUCUGCUCUGUACACCACGGAUGUUUGUGUUGGAUUUGUUUGUCUCCGGGGUCCGACUGUGGCUGCGACAUCUCAGAUUGGAUUAUCAGGAUCACUGCUGCUCUGUUCAACUCCCUCCAGCUCUGAACUACAGUAACCCCCAACCUAACCUCUUUAUGGGAGAAAACAAGCCCCGUCAGGACAGUCCCACCUAGCUGCCUCUUCCAGAAGACGCAGUCCAGACUGAGGCCUGCAAGCUGGAACCGUCGCUGCGUGCCUCUGCUUUACCCGAGUUAGGGAAACAUUCAGGGCUUCAGCCUCCAGGGCCAUCAGCUUGGCAGCUUUCCUCAGCACUAAAUUUACUUUUUAAAGCUAUAUCAAUGUUGCGCCCGAAGGGAAUGGAGGAACAGAUGCAGCCUGUGGAGUCUGGCUUUAAUUCAUCUGCUUCGUUUAAUUUUCUACCUUGCCUUCUAAUCAGUGACAUUGCAUUGAUGGCCCUGGGAAUACUCCAGCUUCUCGUACAGGCGCAGUUUAGUACAACACAGCGGCUGUGCCAUCUUAGCUGGUUCACAGGAUCUCACUCAGGGUGGCUGUGCCACGUUACCUCACAGGGGCUCUCUCAGUCAGAGUGGCUGUGCCACGUUACCUCACAUGGCUGUGCCACAUUACUUCACAGGGGCUCUCUCGCUCAGGGUGGCUGUGCCACGUUACCUCACAUGGCUGUGCCACAUUACCUCACAGGGGCUCUCUCGCUCAGAGUGGCUGUGCCACAUUACCUCACAGGGGCUCUCUCGCUCAGGGUGGCUGUGCCACGUUACCUUACAUGGCUGUGCCACAUUACCUCACAGGGGCUCUCUCGCUCAGGGUGGCUGUGCCUCGUUACCUUACAUGGCUGUGCCACAUUACCUCACAGGGGCUCUCUCGCUCAGGGUGGCUGUGCCUCGUUACCUCACACGGCUGUGCCACGUUACCUCACACGCCUGUGCCACGUGACCUCACAGGGGCUCUCUCGCUCAGGGUGGCUGUGCCAUGUUACCUCACAGGGGCUCUCUCGCUCAGGGUGGCUGUGCCUCGUUACCUCACACGGCUGUGCCACGUUACCUCACAGGAGCCCUCUCGCUCAGGGUGGCUGUGCCAUGUUACCUCAGAGGGGCUCUCUCGCUCAGGGUGGCUGUGCCACAUUACCUCACACGGCUGUGCCACGUUACCUCACAGGAGCUCUCUCGCUCAGGGUGGCUGUGCCAUGUUACCUCACAGGGGCUCUCAGUCAGGGUGGCUGUGCCACGUUACCUCACAUGGCUGUGCCACAUUACCUCACAGGAGCUCUCUUGCUCAGGGUGGCUGUGCCACGUUAUCUCACGGGCUGUGCCACGUUACCUCACACAGCUGUGCCACGUUAUCUCACAGGAGCCCUCUCGCUCAGGGUGGCUGUGCCACGUGACCGCACAGGGCUGUUAUGUUACUUCACAGGUGCUGUCUCACUCAGGGCAGCUGUGCCAUGUUACCUCAGAGUGGCUGUCUCAGGAAGGCUGUGGCGCCCUUUUCUGUUGGUUGACCAAAUUUCCGCCUUCAUCUUCGUUAUGUGCUGUGGACGUUCAUCCUGAGCAGCACUGCUUGUUCAUUCAGUCAUCCAAGGCUGAGACAUGCCGAAACCAGGAAGAUGUCCUUCUGGGUGACAGCUCUCCUUUGUGAGGCUCACAGUAUAUCCUGAAUAGUAUAAUCUGUAUCAGAUUGCUUUUACCUGCUAAAAUGGAGAAGUAGGAAUGCAGUUGCAUGGUGGAAUAAAAACUUUGGGACGCACAGUCAAAAAAAAGAAAAGGAGUACUUGUGGCACCUUAGAGACUAACAAAUUUAUUAGAGCAUAAG